AUGUGGUGUUUGGAGCUGCUUCUGCCAGUGUUGCUAAUCAUCAAAGAUGUCAGUGGCCAGUGGAACGUAUGGAUACCCAGGGACAUCUCGGCCAUGACCAACUCCUGCGUGGUCAUCCCCUGCACAUUCAUGUACCCGUCUGGUAUCAGGCCGUACCGCGGCACCCACGGCAUCUGGUACUUUGGUCAGCCCUACCCCCAGCUCUUCCCACCUGUGGUGAUCAAGACGCGCACAGAAAUCGUACAUGAAAGUUACAAAGGGCGUACCAAGCUCAUUGGGGACCUGCAACAGAGAAACUGCACCCUGCUUAUCAGUAAUAUAGGUACAGAGCACUCAGGGAGGUACUACUUUCGUGCCGACCUGGGCGGUGCAAACAUCUACACCUACCCAGACUUCUCUGAGCUCAAGGUGCUGGACCAGCCCAACAUUGACAUCCCUGAGGAGAUAGUCGCUGACGAGAAUCUGGAGUUGACGUGCUAUGCUCCAGACAACUGUCCAGAGAAUAGCCCAGAGAUCCAAUGGAUGUACACAGAUUACCUGCCUGAACCCGAGUAUACCUCAGACUACGUGGAAGAGAGCAACACAGCCGUGCUGUCCAGCACGCUCAUCUUCACCCCCAGGCCCAUACACAACGGUCAGCUGCUGGGCUGCAGGGUCUACUAUCCCAACACCACCCUGGUCUACGAGAGACUCAUCUCUCUGGAUGUCAAGUAUGCCCCUCGCUCGGUGUGGGUGAACGUGUCUGCGGAGGUGAUGGAGGGCAGCUCGGUAACGCUGCACUGCGAGGUGGACAGUAACCCUCCUCCCAGGAUCUCCUGGCUGUUUGGGGACCAGGAGCUGCAGUGGGACACGGCUUCCAACGCCUCGCUCUCCCUGGAGGACUUAACCCCCUCUGAGGAGGGCAUCUACACCUGCGUGGGGGAAAAUGUCUACGGCGUCAUGAACGCAUCCAUGUACCUGGCCGUCUUGUAUCCUCCCAGUGAGCCAGUGGUAAAUGGCUCCCUGACCAUUUUGGAAGGUUCCUCCAUCUCCCUGCAAUGUAGCACCAAAGGCAAUCCCGCACCCACCCUCACCUGGGUGAAGGACGGGGAGCUGGUGGGCACCAUCACGGCCGAGGAGGUGUCUGUGCUGGAGCUUCUGGAGCUCACCCCUCAGGGAGACGGACAGUACCGCUGCCUGGCAGAGAACGAACACGGACGAGCCAGCAGCUCCCUCAACAUCACUGUGGAAUAUGCCCCUGUCCUUCUGGAAGAGUCCAAGUGCACGGUGGUGAGGGAGGGAGUCCAGUGUGUUUGCAUGGCUACGGGUAACCCUGAGCCCAUCAUCGAGUUCUACCUCCCCGACAAGAACAUCACCAUCAACGACACGGACGGCCGCUACAACUACUACACGCACACGGACGGCCACACGUCCACGGGCAUGAUAAAACUACGGGAGAAGGGUGAGCGCUUGGGCAACGGUGCUGUCAAUGUGCACUGCAGCAUUAGCAACAUAUACGGGUCGGAGAGCUUUCAUCUGGAGUUACAGCAGGAGAAGAAGUACAUGAUGGCAGUGAUCGUUGGCACCAUCGGUGGAGUGGCUGUCAUCGCCUUCAUCAUCGCAGCAGUGAGAUAUGUGGGCCAUAACAACAAGAAAGAGAAUGGCAACCCUGGGCAGGACCUGGUCUCUAAACUGGAGAACCCAGCGCUGUACUACAGCACAGUCAAGAAGGACAAACAAUGUCUGAGGAAGAAAGUGCUUAAGACAGAGCUUCUGGGCUCAAAGUUUAACUCCAUUCUAGAGGAGAGCACGGGAGAAGACGGGGAUUAUCAACCUGUGGGCUCUAUGGCAGACCUGGAGAGGCAAGAGCUGAACUACGCCGCCCUGCAGUUUCUGGGGGGGCGCUCCAGGGAUGGGGGGGCCUCAGGGAGGGGGGAUGACGGCAGCGACUACACCGAGAUCAAGGCCAAAUGAAUCGCGAUCCUUCCCUGACCCAUCGUCACCGCGGGACACAGUGG